AUGUAUCCAAAAUUUCAGAUCUCCGGUGAAGCUUUCAGGGCUUUGGGUUUGAAGAUGAAGAUUCUGAUAACAGUCUUCUUUAGUUGCUUGCUAAUUUGGUCUAUAAUGUUACUACCAUUCUCAAACAACUUCAACAAUCAACUUCUUGAUGUUACAACCAACGUAGAAUCAAAGGAAUCCGAAACACCGACGGACAAACUGAUCGGAGGGCUUUUAACCGCGGAUUUCGAUGAAGGUUCUUGCUCGAGUAGAUAUCAAAAAACUUCCUUGUAUCGCAAGCCUUCACCAUACAAACCGUCUGAAUACCUAGUUUCUAAGCUUAGAAAGUAUGAGAUGCUUCACAAGCGUUGCGGUCCAGGCACAGAAGCUUACAAGAAAGCAACAGAGCAUCUUGUUCAUGAUGAGUAUUAUGGAAGCAAUGGUGAAUGCAGAUACAUUGUGUGGAUCGCGGGUUACGGGCUAGGAAACCAAUUACUUACUCUUACUUCUGCGUUCCUCUACGCUCUCUUGACAGAGAGAAUCAUUCUUGUUGACCAACGCAAAGAUAUUAACGAUCUUUUAUGCGAGCCAUUUCCAGGUACUUCAUGGUUGCUUCCUCUUGACUUUCCAAUAGUGAAACAGAUUGAUUAUGGAUACAACAAGGAAUACUCUCGUUGUUACGGAACAAUGGUGAACAAUCAUGCCAUCAACUCGACUUCAAUCCCGCCACAUCUAUAUCUUCAUAACCUCCAUGAUUCAAGGGAUGAAGAUAAAAUGUUCUUCUGCCAAAAGGAUCAAAGUUUGAUCGACAAAGUCCCUUGGUUGAUCAUUAAAUCCAAUGUGUAUUUUGUUCCAUCUCUAUGGUUUAAUCCAACUUUCCACACCGAACUAGUCAAGCUUUUCCCGCAGAAAGAUAACGUCUUUCACCAUUUGGCUCGGUAUCUGUUACACCCGACAAAUCAAGUUUGGGGCAUGGUCACAAGGUACUACCAUGCUCACUUAUCCAAAGUAGACGAGACACUCGGUAUUCAAAUACGGGUUUUCAGACAAGACGCUGGAUAUUUUCAACACGUCAUGGACCAGGUCGUAGGCUGUACACAAAGAGAGAAGCUGUUGCCUGAACUGGCUACACAAGAAGAUUCAAAAUUCAAUAUAUCGAAUACCCCGAAACUUAAAUCUGUUCUUGUCACAUCUCUGUAUCCAGAGUACUCUGACAACUUAAAGAACAUGUAUUGGGAGCGACCAAGUUCAACAGGAGAGAUUAUACAAGUUUAUCAGCCAAGUGGGGAAAGAGUUCAGCAAACAGACACGAAGGCUCACGACCAAAAGGCGCUUGCGGAAAUCUAUCUUCUGAGCUUAACCGAUAACAUUGUCACAAGUGCAAGAUCUACAUUUGGAUAUGUUGCAUAUAGUCUUGGAGGAUUAAAGCCAUGGUUACUUUACCAGCCAACGGGUGAUGCAACUCCUGAUCCACCGUGUGUUCGAUCCAAGUCGAUGGAGCCUUGUUACCUUACUCCUCCGUCUCAUGGAUGUGAAGCUGACUGGGGAAAAAACUCGGGGUUGAUUGUUCCUUUUGUUAAGCAUUGUGAGGAUAUUAUGUAUGGUGGGCUUAAGCUAUAUGAUGAAUUAUAG